AUCCAAAGAAAAUAUCUGCCAUUCGUUUCUUGCACUACGAAUCGAGCGAGGAGCAAAUUACCAUAUCCUCACCUUGCCCAUCUAAGCUGUGCAGCGGCGAUGGACGUCCCCGACGAAACGUCGCCGUUCCCCAUCGGCAGCAGUGAGGGAGCCGCCGCGCCGGCGGCGGCGGACGCGUGGGAGGCGGUGGCGCAGCUCCCGGCAGAGGAGCACGGGAGGGGGUGGGAGAUUGUAGCGACCGACGCCUCCACCCAUGACGACUGUUCCAUCUUCCCCCCUACCCUCCACGAGGGGCUCUACCUCCGCCACGACUCACUCCCAGUCCUAGCCCCUCCCAUACCUCCCCAAGAACAGGUUAGGGUCGUCGAGGUGCCGUCAUCUUGGCCCAUGAGGUACGAAGAGGUGGGAGAGAUGCGACCUACGCGAUGGGGGCCGCUCUCGGAUUCCGCUAGGCGGUUGAUCGGGUCGGGGAUUGAGGUGAUCCGUGCAAAAAUCUCACUUUGUAAAGGAGGAGGAUUAGGUCUUUCGACCGGAAGGGGGGUUUGGUCGUUCAUGGCAGUGGCCGGAUUCGUGGGCGCUUUGAUGUAUAUGAAACGGAGGCACCGGCGGGAGAAGGAGUUGCUUCUUCUCCUACUUUCAGAGAAGGAUCAGAAUCACCAUAUGGCAAGAUUGGCCGACCCUUACUCUCGGGUGAUACUCCUAUCAGGUUAAUGCUUGUUUAUGCAUUAGAGAUGCUCCUAAUCGUCAUGUACAAAUAAGUAAAAGAAAGAAAAGCUCACGGAAGUUAAAUGAGCCAUGAUCAAUCAUCUGGGGAUCCUCUUUGGUACCUGAUGCUUGUGGAUUGCAGAAGCAUUGGCAGAUUAUUUACUUAGUAAAAGAGGAUACGGGAGUUGUUGAAUCAAAUUGCUCUGAUGAAUCAUAUCAUAGCUGCGGGUUACCGAAUACCUGUUACGAAGCGUACAUGAAAUCUUUAUGGCUGUUGGAUGAAAAUGUGAUGCUUGCUGUUGCAUUAUGUUUGUCUCCUGAUGGUAGUCAAUUUCUCUCUGAUGUGUUAAGGACUGUGGCUUCACAUCAUUGGUGUACAAACCUGAGGGGUAAUUAUUUUUCUAAAGCUGUUACGAAUCAAUAAGAAAUAUAGUUACCAGAGUUUGGCGUCA